UUAAAACAACAUUUAUAUAAAACAAAUAUUCUAGAGAUAUAAUUUAAAAAAAAAAUGGAUCUAAUCUGCAUUUGAAAUCACUUCAAUUUGACACGUUCAUUCCCCGCAAAAAAAGUAAAAAAAAAAUAGUCAGGAUUACAAAAGUUAUAUAUUCAGAUAAUGGUCAAAAAUUCAGUCAAAGAAUAAUGCUGUUGCCCUUAAAGAACCUUAAGACCGUUGAAAGCGAGGUCAACCCGAAUGUAACGCUUCUCAAACGCCAGAUCGCAGAGGAUGGAACUAAAACACAGGCGCUGUUGCUUCAAGCGUUCCGCUUCGAGUUGUCUAAUGACGCCAAUGCGUAUCCGCUCCUCCAGGAUCAGAUCCAGCGACAGUCAGCCGGGAGGAGUUCAUAAACCCGUCUUGGAAUCAUUAGACCCACCUAAAACACCUAAUAGCAUCGAGAAACCAAAAAAAUCCAGGGGAUUCCUGUCUUUUUUGUUUGGUAAACGAGAUCGGAAGGAAAAGAAUCAGAGUGGGGCAAAUGGAAACCAAUUCUCAUUGGAGGAUCAAGAUAUUAGGAAGCUUAUAAGUCUGUACUGCACGCAUGAUAGCCUAUACAACCGAAAUAAUCACUACUAUGGUAACAAAGAAGUCGACGAGGAGUGCUACAAUGAUAUGGUGCGUUCAUUUCCGGGAAAGAGCGGGUCGGAGCUGAGAUCCUGUCUGGAGGACCUCAGGAUGCUCUUUGAGCGGGAAUACACCAUUAUCGAACGUGCCCGUAGAAAAUGUGGAGAGAAAAUUACUCCCUCAAUCCCCUACUAUAAUGAAUUUCUUUUCCUGGUGCCCCAUCUAAGUAUUGAUUACGACCAAGAUCUUCCGGGAAGUGGAACCAGUUUACUCUCUACCGGAAAAUUGCCUUCAAUGGAUUUGAAAAAUCAGAUGGCUACCACAGAGAUGUUGCGCCAAAAGUUAACCAAUUUUACGGGUUUCCCUUUGGCCGGUUUCCCCGGAAACAUACUAAUAAAGAGGGCCAAAAAAGUCCCCAAAGAUCGGCAAACCCAGAAGAUCCAAUCAAUUCCGAACAAAGAAUAUUCCAAAGAGCAGGAGAUACACGAGGCAGAAAAUGUCGUUGGUCAGAAAGAUCCGGUAGAGGAGAAAAUAGGAGGAUUGGAGGAUCAAGAACAGAAAGUCACAUUCACUCGAUCGGAGCAGAAGGACGUAAAAAACAGUGAGGAAGGAAUCAGUCAUAAAUCUAGUUCCAAGAUUAGUUCCAGUUCUAGUUCAAGCCAAUCUUCGUACUACGCAAAUGAGCAGGAUUUAAGAACCACCGAACUGAUCUGCCCCUGCAGGCCGGAAACUGGAGGGGAAUCCUCCAAGAACCCAGUUUCCUGCCCCUGGAGUCCUGGAAAUUCUCCUUGUUUACCUCAGUGUCGGGAAACAGCAUUAGCAUCAACCCAAAAUUCCUUAUCCUGUCCUCAAAAUUCUGCAAUUUCGGAAUCAUCCAAAGAAGCAGCACACUUGGUGGAGAAGAUACCUGCAGGUCAGGAAUCCGCGAAUAGCCAGCAGGUGCAAAUGCUUUGCGAUAUGAUACGUACCGAGCUAACCACUGCUCCAGAUUUCAUAUACUUCGAUGCCAAGUGGCGGAUCAUCGAGAUUUUGAGGGAGGUGCACAAGCGCCAAUUGGUUCACCAGAAGACCAUCCCACUCAACAAUCCAGGCCGACCGAUUCCGCCCCUAAAACGAAAUCCGUGCGAGCACAAUCUGAUGCUUAACCAUCAGAAGUACAAGUCGGAUAGAAGUGCCCGCGAAAAGGGGCAAUAUUGGAACACCAUGGAUGUGGACGAUCUCAUCAGCAGCUCCAAGCUUCUCAAGCAUUGGCCAGGUUUUCUUAUCAGUUUGGCGCUGAUUUGGAUCCUUAAAAGAUUGUUUUUUCAUGGGAAUCGCGUUCCAAAAAGAUACAAUUUAGAUAAAGAAGUCGAAGAGGUUGAGGACUUGUCAGAUCUUGAGGAUGAACUGCAGCCAUCUAUGGAGGAGAAGCCCCAUGUGCCCGUCGUUCCCGGCCUGAAUCUCAAUCCGAAUGGAGCCAAACGAUUUUACGAACUAAUGCAAGGACGACGUAGCAUUCGCUCCUUUAGUAGCCAUCCCCAGCCGGAUCUCAGCGUUAUAGAGGAUUGCAUUCGGGCGGCGGGAACAGCUCCCAGUGGCGCACACACAGAGCCCUGGACGUACUGCGUCAUGAAGGAUCCGGAACUCAAGCGAUCCAUUCGGGAAAUUGUGGAGCAGGAGGAGCUGAUCAACUACAGCCAGAGGAUGCAUCCGCAGUGGGUCACCGACCUGCGACCCCUGAAAACCAAUCAUGUCAAGGAGUAUCUGACCGAUGCGCCGUACCUCAUCCUGAUCUUCAAGCAGACCUAUGGGUUUUUGGAGAAUGGGAGGCGAAGGAGGCACUACUACAACGAGAUAUCCACUUCGAUUGCGGCUGGGAUCCUUUUGUGUGCCCUUCAAGCGGCAGGACUUUCCUCCCUGGUCACCACUCCUUUGAACUGCGGUCCAGCCUUGAGAACCCUUCUCGGUCGACCCGCCAAUGAAAAAUUACUUAUUCUAAUGCCCGUUGGCUAUUCCAAAGAUGGAUGCACAGUUCCCAACUUGGAGAGGAAGAAUUUGUCAGAUAUUAUGGUUACUUUUUAAGGUUUAUUUACGUCCGUGCAGCUUACAGAAUAAUUCAACAAAUCCAAACUGAAAUUUUUUGGUAGUUUUUGGGAAGCGUUAGUUUUAUUUAAAAUAUAUAAUAAAUAAAUGAUCACGAAAUAAUAAUAAUCAUAAUAAAUACAAAAUCUUAAAAUAUUAAAUUUGAAACGAUAGUUUCCGCCAACCCUGCUCCCCGAUAUACGGCUGCUUUCCAACACCACGCGGUCGAGUUUCUUGUCAACACUACCGAUACCGAUAGCUCCGAUAAAUGACACAAAAGCAAAGGGAAAAUUUCUGCGUACGGUUCGUGAGCUGUGUGUUCAAAUUCCAAAAAGCCAAAUAUCCGGCGUUACCUGUUUUAAGCGCCCACGAUUUUAAUUGUAUUAUAUUGUACUAUAAUACACAAAUUAAACGGAUACGAUCGAGUGCAACGGAAAUCGCCGCGAUUGCCAUCAAGGUGGCCCGUAGCUAAUAAGUGUUCACGAAUGAGAGCAAAGCAGAUGGCGGAGAGCGUCCCGCGCUUCAGUGUGUGUGUGCGUAAACGAGUAGAAAGCGGCGGUAAAAACCUUCGCGUGUAACACAAAAAAAUUAAAAAACAUCCAAUUUAAAUAUUAAAACGAUACUAUAUCGCCCAUUGUAAACAAAUACGACGCGUACGCAAGGAAAUUGGAAAAUCCAUU